CCAUUCUCUUCGCCUCUCUUUCGUCAUCUUCUUACUCUUUACUAUGAAACUCAGUUUGCGUUUAUAACUGCUUUAGGACGUGCGUUUGCAGUGCUCGCUCGUAGUGUUUAUGUUUAUUUUUUUUCGAAGUGACAGUGCUCGAGAUCAAGUGUUUUCGAGUGAUAUUUCGAGGCAAAAAUCAUUGCUCAGUGUUGUAACAAUGUGUAAUAGUUGUUUUUGCGAUACUAAGGAACAUAUGACAACAGAGUUUUCUUUUUAAAAAAUAAGUCUCGGACACCACUUGAGUGAUGCUUCUUCAGGCGGCUCCUGUUGAGUCGGGAGUCAAGCCAUCUGAAGAGGCUCAUAGUGAACCAGAAGGAUUCACGCAUGUCUUGGAUUACGCUCCAGCACCAGGAUGGACAGUCCACAUCAGCAAAGAGGGAAGAUUAUACUAUUGCAAUCACGUGACACGUACUGCCGGCUGGUUGCCACCGGCCGAAGCUUGGCGCAGCGGGGAGAAUGCCCUCCCCUAUGGAUGGGAGCGAGCUCUGGACGAUUCGGGCAGAACCUACUACAUCAACCAUGUAAACAAAACGACAACCUACGAAACACCAAUAGUAAGAUACACCGAACCCUUGCCUAUGCCAGAGCCUCGGACUGUACAAUUGGAUAGAUCUCCCUCCUUAGGUUUUGGCUUCGUUGCAGGUUCGGAGAAGCCAGUUAUAGUUAGAUUCGUUACAGAAGGUGGACCUAGUGUAGAUAAGCUUCUCCCCGGCGACCAGAUUUUGGCUGUGAACGACGAAGACGUCAAGGGUGCACCUAGAGAGCACGUGAUAUCCCUGGUGCGGGCCUGUACGAAGACCGUGAAGCUCACUGUUUGCCAGCCUCCGGAGCAGCAGGGUGCUAGGAAAUCAACCCUCUUGUCGGCCAGCAAAAAGGCCAGGCUCAGAAAUAAACCCUCCAGAGUGAGAUUCGCGGAAAGUGUUUGCGUUAAUGGCGCCCCACUGUUUCCGGCUUCAGCGUUCUCCCUGGGCGAUCUGUGUGUUGCACCGAUGGCCAAUGUCCUGAAGGUGUUCCUGGAGAACGGCCAGACCAAAUCCUUCAAAUACGAUGCCUGGACUACUGUCCACGACGUGAUGUCCUCGCUAGAGACGAAGUUGCAACUGCAGGCCACGGAACACUUCAGUCUAGUCGUUGAACACAUCAAAUCGGUCAAGAGGAACAAGCUGACUCUUCUGGAUCCCCAGGAUACUUUGGCGAGGAUAGCUUCCAGGCCUGGGGCUUACAAGUUGAGAUGCCUGUACCGGGUAGCUUUUGUACCCCCUUCGGCUGCUGCAUUAGCUCAAAGAGAUCUCAACGCCCUCGAUUACCUAUACACGCAGUGCUGCAACGACGUGAUACAGGAACGUUUCGCACCUGAACUCCAGUACGACACCGCCCUCAGGUUGGCAGCAUUGCACAUAUACCAACAUGCGUUGGCGAACAACAUAGGCUCUGGAAAAUUGACGAUGAAGACCAUAGAAAGGGAUUUCGGCUUGGAACGGUUCGUGCCGGCCUCUCUGCUCGAAAACAUGAAACGGAAGGAGCUGAGGAAGUUGAUAGCGCACUUCCUGAAGCUCCAUUCGAGCAUGGCCGGUCCUGGAAAACAGCUGACGGCGCUCCAGGCGAAGCUGCACUAUCUGGACAUAGUUGGCCAGCUGCCUAGCUACGGCGCCAAGUGCUUCUCUGCAGGACCCAGGGGCGACUCGAUGGAGAGGGUGAUUUUGGUCAGUCCAAAGUUCGGUAUCAGUCAGAUAACAGGAACGAGGAAUUCUAUACCCGUCCCUAUCGCCAACAUAGAGGAGAUGCGAAGGAUAGAGGUGAGGAGCGACGACGAGAUCAGUCGUAGCGUACUCAUCCGCUUACAAAACGACAAGAUGGUGUCGAUCUGUCUGGAAGAGAGAGACGCGAGCGAGCUGGUUCUUGUGCUCAGGGGCUAUUUCAGAUUGACCACCGGCCAGAACCUACCGGUGGACCAAGAGGAAGCUGCUCCAAUGGACGAUCUGGCACCUCCCUAUCUCUCCCAGCACAAGGUGGUACCCGAGAAAUGGAGCUACAUCAACAACAACUCGAUGAAGACGGCGUGUUUCUCCAUGCAGCCGGUCUACCAGGUCAUCAACCGCAAGACCAACGGCCUCUAUAAUACGAUAGGUCGACAGAGCAAAACACCACUUAUGCUAGGAGCUUACAGCUUGGACAGCAACAUGAAUAACUCAAUGCCGAACAGAAACCACCACUAUGGAGGCAGAGUUGACCAGAACUACGAGCUGCAAACUGUGCUCAACAUGGAGAUAAUGGACGGAGGAUCGAUGGAGGCUAGAAAUGGGGAGGUACUUAGGAGGGUACAAGAGAUGCAAAUGAUGGUGGAGGACUCACAAAAGUACUUGACGGAACAGGAGAACCUCGAAAGACUGAACGCCCUGGCCGAAUGGCAAGAGACCAGCGUUGACAUCGAGAGCGACAACGACAGUCAGCUGACGGACGACGCACCCGGCAAGCUGAAGCACAGCGACUCCCUCCUACUUCUUGCCAGAGACCACCAAGCCCAGAACCAGUCGAAGAACGUGUUCGCGAAUGCCGCAAUAGAGAUGCUGCGCUCCGAGAUCUCCAACAACCAAUCGGAGAGCGACAAUGAUUCGGUGAUAGCCUCACCGCACAAUUCGCCUCGGCGCCUCGCAGAGAUCAAGCAGCAGAGCGGACGAGUGAGCUUUGGUCUCAGGAGUCCGGAUACUGGAAAGGAUGGAGAUUUCCAGGAGUACCUGAAGAAGGUUCGGGAAGCGUCGAGGAACAGCAGGGAGGAGGAGGAAGAGGAGAUGUACGUAUUCGACUCGGACAUAAUCGAUUUGACGCUCCUGCCUCCACCCGCCACCCCUGACGAGCUCGACUGUGCCUUACCGACGCCCAUAAGCGUGCCGCCCAUGUCUUUCGCCGAUUCGGUGGAGAGACUGGAUAAGCUGUGCGCCCUGGCCGAAGAACAGGACCUGGAGAAGUUUCUGGCCAGCGUCACGGUGCCUCCGCCGACGCUGAAGGUGACGCCGUCUGUUGAGUUGACGCCAGAGGAGAUAAACUCUUUCAUAAUACCUCCACCGCCCAUUUUGGGCGAUGGAGACUCUGAAGCAUCCACGUCAGACAAACAUCUGGAACAACAAGAAACACCUUGCUACCAGAACAGGAGAGAAGUCGAGAACUAUCCAGACCAUGACAAAACCAGCAGCCCAAAACAGACUGUGAUAGAAUACGCCACCAUUGACAGGAGGGGUCCUUUCUCCUGCUGCUCAAAAGGCAAGUCCGAAAAGCCCAAGGAUGUACCCAACGACAGCGAGUGUAUCCAGCCACCUCCAAGAAGAUGCUCGGAUGAAAAACCUCCCGAACGACCUCCCAAAAUAUCACCGCAGGAGAGGGCGAGGUCGCAUUCGCUCACCAACAGCACGCUCAAGACAUUCGGCGAGUUUCCACCCAAGCUGCCACCCAGGAGCGACAACAAUCACCAGGCUCCUCCACAUCUAUUUCUGCCCCCAAAGAAGCCACCACUGCCUCCGGUGCCGCCUUUAGACGUUCUGCGAUCCAAAAAGAACGUCCCUGCUCAAACCAAACAGGUACCGGAGAUCAGGACUGCCGGCAUAGGUUCUCCGCAUCUCCAAAGGAGCAAAAACGUUUAUAACGAACUGGAGGGUAAUUUUAGCGAAAAGACAACCCUCAAGCACGCCACUGCCGUCAGCACUCCUACAUCUCCACAUUUGGGUAGGGGUUUCCAAUUCUCCACAGUAACAAAAUCGAGGGAUUCUCCGCCCCUUACCACUAACCCAAUGCAGCAGUGCAGCCAUCUGAGAUCGAACAGUUACAACCACUACGACAUCAAGAGUAGAAUAGCAUGUUUCGAAUCGAAACGCAGGGAAGCUGAAGGCAUCAGCAAUGGUGGUACUUCGCAUUCUUCGCCUGUAAGGAACGGAUGUACCUCGAGCGGUGAGAAUCUCAUAGCCAAGACAGACGUUGCCAUGGCCAGCUUGUUGGUUAGGUUGGACCAAGUAGCUGCUCAGUGCAGUGCCGCGCAGACUCAAGGGGGCGGCAGGUUGAUCUGCGAAGAGAAAUUUCAAGCUGCUAAGGAAGAGUUGAUCUCCCAAUCCCUACAUCUUGUGUCGUCCAGUAAGAUGUUGGUCAUAGCGAUGUCCGAUCUAACUCUUCCAGAUCUUCCAGAAAACUUGGCCAUUUGUCUGACCAUACUCAGGAGACUCACCGAGGUCUGUCAAGACUUGGCUAAUCAUACAACGGCCCCCUUACAGACCAGAAACUUGAUACUGAAGGUGCACGACGUGACAGCAGCCUUCAGGAAGCUAAUAACUUCGGACAUAGACCGAAGCUCCCAACAGAUCAUAGAAGAGCAGCUGGCAGCUCAGGCUGAAGGCUUGGCCAACGUACUGGCAACCUUACUAAGGAUCUUGAGGGUAUUCUCCCCCUAAAAACUGUAGUUGUAAUUCAUAAAACUAAGAUCAAAAGGGGGUUCGAUGCUUCCAGAAUUCGAUUCGAAAUAUGAUACUAGUCGAAUUUUAGUAUAUUUUUUGUAAAGAAGUGGAGUCGUGUUCCUUUGGUGACAAUGCAAGACCACAUUCCUUCCAUAUUUGAUGUCAUGUGUCGAAAAGGGUGAAUUUUUCUCCUCUGAAUGAUUGUUGUCGUUGAAUCAAUGAAGAUAUAAUGCUAGGAUACCAAUAUUGGUGAAUUUUACCGCGAUUAGCUAGAAGGUGAACCAGCCUAAAUCAAAAAAGUGUUGAUAAUAGAUGUACGGUUAUUUUGGACGCCUUAUCCAAUAGGACAAGUGUCAGAAAGUCGUGUACAGUGCAUCUCAUUUUGGGUGAGACAGCCAGGUUUCUCGCUUGUUAUUUAAGAUAGAGCCUUGCGGUUUUCACGUUCCUGUCCUACUUUUUCGUGAAACUCAAGUUGGUCCGAUCAGAUUUUGCAUAACUGUUUCCGUUCAAGAGAUACAGGGUGAUUUUGGACCCCUCCUUUAUCUCCGAAGUUAUUAGAAAUAAUGCUGAUGUAAAAACUACGUCUGAAUCAGAAUUCUGCAUAGAAUCCAGUGGCGUACUCAAUUUUUUUUUUCGGGCUAUGGUUUUGAAGAUUCAACACAAACCUAUAUUUUUUUUAAUGGAGCACCGUAUAUAUCAUUACUUCGUUGAAUUUGUUAUUUUUUCUCUUCAAAAUGAUUUAUGAAACCAUGUAGGUAGGAUGUUCAGAAAUGUUGAAAAAACACUAAAACAUCAAAAGUAAUUAUGAUUUUUUGUUAAUGGACAAUGGAUUUCCCAUAUAAAAAAGAAUCAAUUGGAUAAUUUUCAUUUGUGAUUUUUAUUUAUAGUAGAGUAAGCAAACAAAGAUAAUACACUCAUCACUAACAUGAAAAACAAAACGUAGGUACCUACCUAAUAGCAACAAAUAAAUAAUACAAAAAUUCAUAAACAUUGCAUAAUAUCUUACAGAUUAAACUGUUCAAAUUGCUAUCCAUUUUCCCUAAUACAUAUAAUAUACUACAGUAAAAGACACAGUCCCGAAGAACUUCGUGCAUCAACAGAGGCAGUUUUCCAGGAUUUACAAAACCGCCCUUUUAUAAUAUUAAAUGCACUCAGGCGUAUUGAAAAGUUUUGUCAAUUAUGUAUUAUGGGAAAAUGGACAGCAAUUUGAACAGUUUAAUCUGUAAGAUAUUAUGCAAUGUUUAUGAGUUUUUGUAUUAUUUAUUUGUUGCUAUUAGGUAGGUACCUACGUUUUGUUUUUCAUGUUAGUGAUGAGGUUAUUAUCUUUGUUUGCUUACUCUACUACAAAUAAAAAUCACAAAUGAAAAUUAUCCAAUUGAUUCUUUUUUUAUAUGGGAAAUCCAUUGCCCAUCAACAAAAAAAUCACCAUUAUUUGAUGUUUUAGUAUUUUUCAACAUUUCUGAACAUCCUACCUACAUGAUAUCAUAAAUCAUUUUGAAGGGAAAAAAAUAACGAAUUCAACGAAGUAAUGAUAUAUAGGGUGUUCCAUUAAAAAAAAUAUAGGUUUGUGUUGAAUCUUCAAAACCAGUAAGACAGGAAUAUGUGAAAACCGCAAGGCUCUAUCUUAAAAAACAAGCGAGAAACCUGGCUGUCUCGCCCAAAAUGGGAUGCACUGUACAUUUCUACAUGUAUCCAAUUCAAAGAUGUCCCAAAGCAGAAUUGCCACUUUCACUAGAGAAUUUUAGCCUUCAUCAAAAUGGAAUGAUAUCGUAGAAGAUUUCAAUACUGGAAUAAGUUCGAAGGAUUCACCAACGUUAUAUUUUAAUUUUUCCCUAUGAAUAAGACAAGCGUUCUACGUUUUGUACCUCUCUAAGUUAUAUUUUCUAGUCAAUGAAGCAAUUAUAAUUAUUUAUAUACAAAAAAAGUAAUAUAAUUUUUUUUUAUGAAACGCCCAAUGCAUGAAGACAACAACCAAGACCAAAAUGUGUAGAUAUGCAAUAUAGUUUUGAAUAAGUCUGAAUAGGAAAAUACUCUAAGUAUGUGAUAUAACUUCAAACGUUGAGACAAGUAUUAUUGUAAACGAUGAUAAUUGAUUAUAUGUUGCAGUAACCAAUGAUUAUGUCCAUAAGGUAGUGUAGAAAUAUUAAACACGUUUUGAAUGUUUGGUUUGGAUAAAUUAUAAGCAGAAAAUCAACUAAUAUCGAAAGACUGUAAUCGAAUAUUAAUUGGAAAGACUAUACCUGGUGAGCCAAGAAAUGGUUCAAGUAAAUAAAUGAAGUGAAACAAAAUAAAAUACAACUUAUUUUAAUUUAAUUUCACUUUUUAUUAAUUCAGUAAAUUACCAUUUCGUGAAUAAUUAUUUUGAGCGUCAGAUAUAAAAAUCUAGGUAAUUCGACACUUUCUAUUGUUGACCUUUCACACUCAUACAAAAAGAUGAAUAGUACAGAUAAAGACCAAAAAAUAUUUCAGUUAUAUUUUUCUUCUUCAAUGAUUUUCUUAAUUUUAGAAGUUAUCACAAUUCAAAUUCAACUGUAUUUUUAAGAACAGACUAAAAUAUUUUCAGUUACCACUUAGAAUACAUUUUGUAUUAAUAUUUAUUGUCUUUUCAAUGAGAUGAGUUGGAUUAUGAUCUAUAGUUGUUGAUAGUCUACGUUAAAAUUCUUAUGGAGUUUAUAUUAUAUGAUUGUUUCUUUUUGAAUCUUGUUCAGUAAGUUGUUUUUCUUGUUAUUUUUGACAUCUAAUAUUUUUUAAUGAAGAAAUUAAUAUGUUAAUGUUGAACAUAUCCUGAGUAUAUGUGACAUAAUAAACUAUGAUAUUAU